AUGAGACCUUUUUCUGCGCUCAGAACGGCCCGUAGACGCCUAGCGCUGCAAGUCUCUGACGGAAACAGAACACAGAUCACAAAACUCGCCAACGGGCUCCGUGUGGUCACAGACUCCACGCCUGGACAUUUUACUGCCUUGGGCGCAUACAUAGAUGCUGGAAGCAGGUAUGAAACCAGCAAAACGAGUGGUAUAUCGCACAUGAUUGAUAGAAUGGCGUGGAAACUGACUCCAACCAGAUCGGGCCAGCAGAUGAUGGAGGAUUUGGCCCGGUUGGGAGGUAAUUAUAUGGCGGGAGCACAGAGAGAGCUGGUUUUGUACCAGCUGUCCGUCUUCAAUAAGGAUAUAGAUAAAAUGUUUGGAUGUAUAGCGGAAACGAUUCGAGAACCGCUCUUUAGCGAUGUGGAGGUGGUUGAAGCACAACAGACUGCGCUUUACGAGCUCGAGGAACUUGCAUUCAAGCAUGAAUUGUUUUUGCCCGAGGUGCUCCAUGCCGCUGCGUAUGGACCGAAGACUUUGGGUAUGCCCUUAUAUGGCAGCGAACAAAGUGUGGUGAGUGCUACCCCCGAGGAGGUGCGCAGCUUCCACAGCCAAUUCUAUCAACCCCAGAAUACUGUGUUGGCAUUUGUGGGUGUGGAACACGACAAGGCUGUUCAAAUGGCACAGGCACAACUUGGCGAUUGGGCAAAUAGCGGCAACCCGACGAGCGCUGGCCGCGAGAAGGCGCAAUACGUAGGUGGAGAAAUAUGCCUUCCAUACCAGGAGCCACGAUUCAGUAAUCUUCCGAAGUUGGUACAUAUGCAGAUUGCUUUUGAGACCGAGGGACUUCUUAGUGAGGAUUUGUAUGCUUUGGCUACAUUACAAAAGCUUUUGGGUGGUGGGUCGUCGUUUUCUGCGGGAGGACCAGGCAAGGGAAUGUUUUCACGUCUAUUCCGAGUGCUCAACCAGUAUCCGUUUGUGGAAAAUUGUAUGGCAUUUAACCAUGCACAUCUGGACUCGGGAUUAUUUGGAAUUACGAUUUCUUGUUACGUUGAGCAUGCCGAGUACAUGGCACAGGUUGUGGCACACGAAUUGCUGAGAAUAAUGGAGACGGAUGUGAAUAAGGGAGGAAUAGUUGGAACCGAGUUCAAGCGUGCAAAAAAUCAGCUUGUGGCAUCACUUCUUAUGAACGUGGAGUCUAAAUUAGCCGCACUAGAGGAUAUUGGUAGACAAGUGCAAUGCCAAGGAAAAGUUACCACAGUGGAUGAUAUGGUGGCCAAAAUUGAGCAAUUGAGUAUCGAGGAUGUGAGAAAAGUGGCACAGAAGGUGUUCGGCGGUCAAGGCAAUGGCGCACAACUGGCUAAAGCAUCUGUUGUGAUGCAGGGAGAAAGAGGACUGUUUGGAGAUGUUGAGUAUGUGAUGCGGUAUUUUGGAUUGGGCAAGUACGAUACGCCAAUGCCCGAUGGGCCUAGAGACUACACGAAGAAGGGGUUAUCUAGAUUUUUUUAA